AUGUCUUUCACUGGAACUCUUGAUAAAUGCAAGGCAUGUGACAAGACUGUUUAUGUUGUUGAUUUGUUAACUCUUGAAAAUAUUCCUUACCAUAAAAACUGCUUCAAAUGUAGCCAUUGCAAAGGUUGUCUUACGAUGAGUACAUACUCUUCCAUGGAUGGAAUUCUCUAUUGCAAGACACAUUUUGAACAGCUUUUCAAGGAAUCUGGCAAUUUUAGCAAGAAUUUCGCAAAGUCUUCUGACAAAUCAAAUGACCUGAAUAGGACACCAAGUAGACUAUCUUCCAUGUUCAGUGGAACCCUGGACAAAUGCGCAACUUGCUCUAAAACCGUGUAUCCGCUGGAAAAGGUGACACUGGAAGGUGAAUGCUACCACAAGAAUUGCUUUAGGUGUGCUCAUGCAGGGUGUCCUCUGACACAUUCAAACUAUGCUGCACUUGAUGGUGUCCUCUACUGCAGGGUGCAUUUUGCGCAACUUUUCAUGGAGAAAGGUAACUAUAGCCAUGUACUCAAAUCUGCACACAAGAGGAAUGGAUCUUCUCCACCUUCUGAACCAAUUGAAGUUGUUGAAGAGCCUUCACAAUCAGCAGAAGCACCUCAAGACCCACCAGAAGAAACCUCUUGA